GAUUUUAAAAGUUUUGACCUUCCUCUACCAGCCCACUCCAUGUUCUCAAGAAUGCUGUAAUGGUUCUUUAAUGGGAGGGACAAACAGGUUCCAACAGUAUACAGAGUGGGACUCAUUUCCUCGGUAGUGUGUUUCAUGGCAGUCACCUCAAGAUUUUGAGCGUUUUCUGUCUGGUCGCGGUGCCUACAAUAUGAGUCUGUUCCAAGUGGCCAUUGUUCUUGUGGUUUUUGCCAUCAUUGCCUUUACGACUGUGACCCUCUGCUACGUUGCACCUUGUUGCUAUUGGUACAAAAUGCGUAGACGACACUGCCGAAGACAGAUAGUAGUAACAAGCACUGUAGCCAACAUGCGCCCGCCUCCGUACUCACCAAAUGCAUAUCAAGGACCUCCCCCGAGCUAUCAGGCAGUGCCGGGACAUGAGAGCCUGCCGCUGCCCACUGCCCCGCCACCACCAUAUAUGGAGAGUGCUACUCCUGAUACCCUCCAGCUGCCUCCCCACCAGGGCAGCCAAUGUACCUCCUCCCAACAGCUUCACACCUCCACUAUCUGGAGAUAACGUUGCACACUCUCCGUACAACCCCUCAACUUUAUAUUUUAAUAUAUACAACUUUAUAUUUUAAAGACUUGUCUGAAGCAUUCCGUGAGAACUGUAAAACCGGUCAGUUAUGAUGGGUCACUAUCCUGAAAACUCACGUCAGUGGAAGUGAUGUUCGUUCCCCUGAUGUACCCCUGGAGAAAUGUUCAAUGUUUGAGGAGAAAUUCGCAUGAACUACAACUUUAUUUGUGCCUGUUUGUGUAACUGUCAUCAUUUCAAUUGCUACUCGUGUGCUAAAUGGAGAACAAUGACGAUUUUUUUUCAAACAACAAAAAGUCUCAUUAGCACCAAAUUUAAAUUGUGUUUUAUCCUGAGAACUAUUUGUUUGUUUAUAUGCAUUCAACGUCUCUGUAGAAAAGUUUCAAUAGUAUCUUGAUUCUAACACUUUACAUUUAUGUUACAAUUAAAGCAUGAUAAACACCAUCUAAAGAAAAGGUAUUUUUAACGUGCAAGAAGGUUUGCAGCAAUUACACAAGCAUAAAACUGCCUGUGCAAAUCAUCAGGGAUAAAAUGUGGCAUAUUAUCAAUCAAUCAAUCAAUCAAUCAAUUUUAUUAGUCAACUGCAAUUUGCAUUACAAUCGAAAUUUCAGUUCCAGUACAACCGUCCAUCACAUUUUGGGGGAACGAUUGACUGAGGCCUUGCGUAUGAGUAUGAGUAUAUGUUGCAUGUUUGAGUUUAGCACUUUUCUAUAUAUAGCAGAGCUAUGUUUUUUUUUUUUUUUACAUCUGUGAUUAUUUAAAAAUUGCAAUAUGUUAUCCAGUUUGAAUUAAAAGUAACUUAAUAAGACUAAGUUUACCUGACAUGAGCCUUACCACACAGCCUACCAGCAGGUGGCGCCUCUAACUCACUUUUUAUUUUUGAAAAAGUUUCUGCGCAAACUAGUUCCUACACUCAGUUUUGUUCAGUUUAACAAUGCACUGCAUGAUGCUCAGCUGGUAUGGGAUCACAUGGUUCAAGUGGUUAUAUUCCUGCUUGGCUGCUAAAUAAGUCCAUGCAUCUUAAGUCUUGGCACUUUUUGAAGUAAUGAGGCUUUUAGGAGACAUAGACUGUUAACUGAUUUCAAUUAACUUGUUUUUUCCUUCCUAUGGCUUGGUGUCAAAUAGAGCACAUUUCUACUGAGCAAGCAUUUUGGUGAAUUGUAGAUCUCAUUAAUAUCUGCUGAAAUAAUUAGACUAUCCUAUACAGACUUAAUUAUUAUGCAGCGACAAAUGUUUGGCUUCAUAAAUCGUGUUAGCACCAGGAAUCUUGAUUUUGAAUCAUUCCCAGCACAGUUUAGUUUAGGUUCACACCGGGUCAAGUCUGAGCAAAAAGAAAAAAAAUAGUGAGGUUGCUGAGAGCCGAAAUGGUUGAUGCCUGAAGACAACAUGACAACUGAUCAAAUGGACAAAGCUCCCUCAAUUUAAUAAUAAAGAUCAAGAGAUAAAAUAAUAAAAUAAAAACAAAAAAAUAAAUAUUUUUACUUUUUUUGUCACACUAAAAUUAUCACAUUUUUACACUGGGCCAGGAUAGAUUAGAGAACAUUUUUCUACCAGUAAAUCCAUAUUGUAUGUAGUCUGGAUAUCUUUGACUGGUAUUAAACUUUGUUUGAUGAUUUGAACCAUUUAGGUUUUAACCAAGAAGGGAAAGCAGGAGAAAGCUGUAAAGGAGCACUUUUUUUUACAGUACUCUACAUCACUUUGAAUAAUGUUAUUACUGAAACGUGCUUUAUAAAUAAAUGGGCCUUGCCUUUUGUACAUUUUGAAGACAAUCAUUAAGCAAGUUUUAAACAUAACUUUUAAAACUUAUUGAGCCAACAUUUUUGUAUUUAAAACUCUAUUUUUUAUUGGUCCGAUGUUACAUUCUAAUCUUAAAUGCCAUGUUUGUGUUUGCUGUAGGCGGAAAAUCGUCAUAAUCAACAAGCUUGAAAACAUCAGUCUGUGUGUAAAUAAUCUGUACAGUGCAGUGUGUGUUCAUUAGUGUAAUGAGUUAUUGAAAUAAAUGAACUUUGCAAUAAUAUACUUAUUUGUUGAAUGUGUCUGUACAUGAAUAAUCUGACAACUAAAAGCAAAACAACACAAAAUCAGGUAAAGCUGUAUGUCAAAGAACUUAAUUAAGCUUCCUGGUUCCAAACUUUAGCCGGUUACUGUUGUUAUUGUUUAGCCAUGGAUUGCAAAUGAUCCACACUUUAUAAGAUUGUAAUUCCCCUGAUCCCUUCCACCAACUGUGAAAGUAAAUAUACUAUUUGGCUGCGAAUGCUCCUCUUUCCAUUAGAAUUAACUGAAUAUGUUACUGUAAUUUGUAAAACUAACUCUAACCAUUGAAUGUUUGAAUUUUGUUCAUUAAACUUUUUUAAAAAU